AUGGAAGUCGGUGGAUAUGCGUUUGUUGCUGGAGGAGGCAAAGCCUGCUGCUACGCCUUUGCCAGAGAGGGCGCUACCGGUGUGGUCGUUGCCGACAUCGACAUUGAUGCCGCCGAAGAGACGGCGUCAGAAAUCAGGGCGCUGGCCACGCAUCCAGAGUUCCUGGCCGAAGCGGUCCAGCUUGACCUCGGCGCGGAAGAGUCGAUCCAGAGUGCCAUUUCAUACACGACCGCCAUUUUUGGUCGCGUUGAUUACUCAAUACAUUGCAAUGGAAUGCCCAAUCGGACUUGUGACCUAAUCGCACAAGCCAGCUUCGUCGAUCUCAAACGCCUCCUUGAGCUUGAUAUCCACAGAGCCGUUGUUUAA